AUGAACACCACCACCGGUGAACUUUUGGCAGUCAAGCAGGUCGAAGUCAACCCCAAGACUUCGAACGCAGACCCGCAAAAGAUCCGUGAAAUGGUCAAGGCAUUGGACUCCGAGAUUGACACCAUGCAACACUUGGAUCACAUGAACAUUGUCCAGUAUCUUGGAUGUGAACGCAAGGAAUAUUCAAUCAGUAUCUUCCUUGAGUAUAUUUCCGGUGGUAGUAUUGGCAGCUGCUUGCGCAAACACGGCAAAUUCGAAGAGUCGGUCGUCAGUAGUCUUACCAGACAAACUCUUGACGGUUUAGCAUACCUGCAUCGCGAGGGCAUCCUGCAUCGCGACCUCAAGGCUGAUAACAUCCUUCUCGACCUUGACGGAACAUGCAAAAUCUCAGACUUCGGUAUCUCCAAGCGCAGUCCCAACCCUUAUAACAACGAUAUCACCAACAGCAUGCAAGGCAGUGUUUUCUGGAUGGCACCUGAAGUCAUCCGCGCUCAAUCUCAAGGAAGUAGCUCAAGCGGUUCUACCGAGUCGCAAGGUUACAGCGCAAAAGUCGACAUCUGGUCACUGGGUUGUGUAGUCUUGGAGAUGUUUGCAGGGCGCCGACCUUGGAGCAAGGAAGAAGCCAUCGGUGCCAUCUUCAAGCUUGGUAGUCUCAAUCAAGCCCCGCCAAUUCCUGAGGAUGUUAGCAGUGUUGUCGGACCUGCGGCUCUAAGUUUCAUGUACGACUGCUUCACCAUUGAUCCGGCGGAUCGUCCUACAGCUGAGACAUUGCUUCGCGCACCUUUCUGCUUCCACGAUCUGCAUUACAACUUCUUCGACACAGAACUAUACGCUAAGAUCCAGGGCGCCUUCGGCCCAUGA